AUUAGUCACCAACAACCACCACUACACUCCACCAAAAAUUAUGCUCUCUUUACAGAUUAAAACAAAAGGGACACUAAAGUGAAGUAACAAAGGCAGCAACAAAACACAAUAAUGAAGCAGUUGGCUGCAAUCCUCACCGUGAUAAGCUUGCUUCUCCUGGUUCAUAGAGAUGAAGACGUGGCUUCAUCAUCAGCUGUUGGAGAUCCAGGGAUGAAGAGAGACGGUCUCAGAGUUGCGUUCGAAGCUUGGAACUUCUGCAAUGAGGUUGGUGCCGAAGCUCCUCACAUGGGUAGUCCUCGUGCUGCUGAUUGCUUCGAUGUCUCUACAAGUGGUUAUUCCUUGGAACACAAGGUAUCAGACUCGGAUAACAAGCUAGGGGUCGGUAAGAGUAAACCAGGAAACAUAUCAGAAGCAGCAUUACACAACCCUAACCUUUACGCUGUCGAAAAAGAGCUUUACCUAGGCUCUCUCUGUCAAGUCCCAGACGAACCAAACCCAUGGAGUUUCUGGAUGAUCAUGCUCAAAAACGGUAACUACGACACAAAGUCCAGUCUCUGCCCUCAAAACGGCAAAAAGAUCCCACCUUUCGAUCAACCAGGUAAAUUCCCCUGUUUCGGAACCGGUUGCAUGAACCAACCGGUGUUAAACCAUGGGAAGACUCAGCUUCUAAGUGAUGGUCACACCAUGAAGGGUUGGUUCAAUGGAACGUACGAUCUUGAUGGUGAUGGGGUGAGUUAUUACGAGGUUGUGUGGGAGAAGAGAGUUGGUGUUGGUGGAUGGGUGUUUAAACAUAAGGUCAAGACUUCAUCAAAGUAUCCAUGGCUUAUGCUUUACCUUAGAGCUGAUGCAACUAAAGGCUUCUCUGGUGGUUACCAUUAUGACACUAGAGGAAUGCUCACAACACUUCCGGAGUCACCAAACUUCAAGGUGAGAGUAACUCUAGACAUCAAGCAAGGAGGUGGACCCAAGAGUCAGUUUUACCUAGUCGACAUUGGAAGCUGCUGGAAAAACAACGGAGAGCCUUGCGACGGUGACGUGGCAACAGACGUCACUCGUUACUCGGAGAUGAUCAUAAACCCUGAAACAGAGCUUUGGUGCAACCCCAAGAGUCUACACAACUGUCCACCCUACCACACGUUUCGAAACGGGACUAUAGUCAACCGUACGGAGAGUCAGAGGUUCCCUUACGAGGCUUACCACGUGUACUGUGCCCCGGGAAACGCAGAGCAUCUUGAGCUCCCGGUGGGGACUUGUGAUGCUUUUAGCAACCCACAGGCUCAGGAGAUUCUUCAGCUUUUGCCUCACCCGGUUUGGGGUGAAUAUGGAUACCCGACACGGAGGGGAGAUGGUUGGGUGGGUGACCCGAGAACUUGGGAGCUUGAUGUUGGUGCUUUGUCUAGUAAGCUUUACUUCUACCAGGAUCCUGGUACGAGUCCAGCGAGGAGGAUAUGGACAUCUGUGGAUGUUGGUACAGAGAUUUAUAAAGAUGAUGGAGCAGUUGCAGAAUGGCAUCUUUCUGAUUUCAAUGUUCUUAUUACUUGAUUUAACUCUUUAUUAUGUUCUUUCUUGAAAUUUUUAUUUUAGUGUUUCCUAAAUUUUUCAUUUUAUUAAACUAAACUAUCUAUAGCA